AUUGUAGACCAGUGUUCUUUUAUAAAGUUUGUUGUGGUUUAUAUUUUUCUAUAUUUGUGCUUUUGUGUAAUUAAAUAAAAAUUUAAUAAUAGUUUGUGAAAUUACAAAAAGAUGACUACAUGUUUCAAUUAUUUAUAUCGCAGUAUAACAUUGUACAAUAUUAUAAUCCAAUUAAAAGUUAAAAACAACAACUACACAUUCUAACAAGAAUUCAUGCUAGGGAAAAAUUUUCUAGAUACCUAUAAGUACAUGCAAACGAUUCCAUGUUCGAAAUAUGAAAACCCGGCAGCUAAAUAACGAUUCUAUAGGUAUAAAAAAAUCCUUCAACAUUUCCUUGUGAUGAAAUUCUUUAUAAUUUGAAAUUAUUAUUUUCUAAAGUUUUAACCAGUUGUACUGAUUGCGAUGAUUAUUACAUAGACUUCGCCUCAUUCUCAUGAUUCACGAUUUCCAUAUAUAAAUCUAGCAAUCAACGCAAUUUGAGGUACAAAAUCAGCGAGUAAAAAAAGAUUUACCAUUUUUGGAAUAGAGAUACAAUAAACCAGAGAUAGCAAGUGGAGGAGAAAGAUUGAAAAUAAAAUCUUUUCAUAAUGGCCUCUGAAACAACAUCAUACGCUUCAUCAUCAUCGCAAUCAGUGGUUACACCGAAGGAAUUGUUGUUAGUUUUGAGUAUUUUAAAUGAAAAACAGAAACUAAAACAUAAACAACAAAAGGAGAAGGAGAUGCAACAGCAGCAGCAGUAUCAACACCUCCACUAUCAUCACCAACACCAUGAGCAGCAGGAGCAUAAACAACAACAGCUGCAGGAAAGUAAAUGGAAAGGCGAGCUGGAGGAGUCUCAGCAACUUAUGGAAUUGAGCCAAAUUGAGUUGAUAUAUCGUGCUGAGGGUAAUGCAAAUUUGGUGCUUGCAUUGCCGCAAUUUAAAAAAGUUUUACGUUUGCCAAAAAUUUACAAACAACACGAACAAAAGCAACUGGAACAAGAACCACAAUACCAGGAGACCCAAUGUAACCAAGGGCUCUCGCAACAACACCAACAUGCACAGGAGCAACAAAAGCAGCAGGAUGAAAUGAACCAGCAGGAGCCAAACAAGAUUUCAACUACCGGCCAGCAGCAAAAUAAAAACGAUGCUGUUGGAAUCUUGACAAUGGACCAUUAUGUGGCUUAUAUUAGUAUCAUACGUUGUCUUGUGGGAAAUGAGUUUGUAUUUGAAGCGGAUAUUGUUGCAGUGCCAAAUCCCAUUGACAGACACUGGAUAAAUGAGCACAUUAAGCCUUAUAGGCCAGCUAAUCGCUUGGAUAAAGAAUUUGGUGGCCAUUUCGGUUUGUUACUACCAGAUGCUACCCAACUGCCUGCAGAGUUCGAUAUUUUAUAUUCCAACUUACAGCGUAAAAAGCAGCCAGCAACAGAAACAACGGACAUGAAAACAUCACAAUGUAGCAACAGCAUCAGCAUUGAUAACAGUGGCAACAUAAGCAACAAUAUAUUCGGUCCAGAUACUUUCGCCAUUGAAAUAAAACCAAAGCAAGGUUGGCUGUUGCCAAACGAUGUUAACAAUUUAUUUGAUAUAAAGCCAAAAAUAAUACAAACAAUAAGAGCAGCACAACCACCAAGUUUAAGUGAAACAAAAACAACAUCAAAAGCGGCUGUUGCAACAACAGUACCAAUAGCGGCACAAGCAAAGGCAAUAAAAUCAUCAACAGACAGUGGAUGUUUUACUACCACUCAAACUGAACCAUCACGAACAAUAAUGGCAGCAACAACAACACCAGUUACAUCACAACCAGCGGAGGCAAUGACCAGUCGUUGUUGUAACAACAGUACGAGUGGCACAACAAGAGAUGACAAAAUAUCACAUUCAUUAUACGACAUGGUGGAUACCAGGUGUCGUUAUUGUUGUAUGCAGUUUUUAAAGAUAAAACAACAAAAAAUAUGUAAACGUAAUCAAUAUUGUCCAAUUGAUUUGUUUUCCGGGAAUACGGAACAAAUGUUUUUCGCGCUACAAUCCCUUUUCGAGUGUCCUCAAAAUAAUUUGCGUAUUUUCAAAAACGGUAACAUUGUGUUUGAUGACCAAAUAAGCAGAACGUCCAAAAUUGAUGAUUUGUUUUCAAGUGACAAACUGCAGCUUAUAAAACAUUUGCUGGUAACGUGUCUGUUGAGGGAAUACGAGGGAAAAGUAGAAGCGAAAUUCGGUGAAAAAAAGCAAACGAACAAAGAGACCAAACAAGAGCAAAUACAUGCAAGUACUGCAUCAGUUGCUGCUGUUAAGGAAGGAGAAGCAGAAGGAGAUGAAUAUGGUGCUGCUAUUUGUGCUGGCGUUGUUGAUGGUCAACCACAGUCAAGUGUAACUUCAUGCAAAAAACAAAAACUCAACACAAUGCCAAAAACAACAGUAGCAGCAAGUACCACUACACUAACGGAAACGGAAGUGACUAAAGUUAAAUCAACAUUGACUUCAGCAAAACCCAUCUUUACAAUGGACACUACUUCAACGUCCUCCUCCGACUACAGCACUCGGUGUCUAGAGCAAAUCAACAAAGCGGAAGUGACCUGCUUACCAAAGAAUUGUGUCUUGCAAAAAAUUUUACAUUUACAAUCGUUGGCCAAGAUUAAUCUUCAAUUUAUGCUUGACCAUGAAUAUGCUGAUAAAAAAGGAAAAACAUACAACAUCAUAUACAAACUACUUGAAAAAUUUGCUAAAAAUCACAACGAGCUGAUACUUUGCCAAUUAUCUCCGGAGGAACAAUAUAUUUUAGGUGCCACUGCUUUGGAUUGUUCCAUAAUGAUAACAUUUUGUGAAAUUGAAAAUGUCGAAGUAGUCAAAGAAGAAGAACCUAAAGAAAGUUUAAUUGACAUUACUCAUGUGGUGUCGAUAUUUGGUAAGACAUUUUUAACAAAAGUCACUCUAUUGGAUUUGGAUCCAAAACCAGAUACACACUUUAACAAAUACUGUUCACAAACCAAACAAAUAAUUGAUGCAAUGAAUGAUAUGUAAUCACAGGUGUAUGUCUAAAUGAAAAG